CGUGCACGUGCACCAAACGCACUGACCAAACGCCAUAAACGUCCAAACGUGAGGCCAAAAUAUAAACCCUCAUGGCUAUCAAAUAUAAACUAGUGGUCAUUCCGUCAUUUUCUCACAGUUUACUAUGAAUGGUUGUCCCAGAUCUCAGUUUCACCUACCGCCUCAGUAUGGUGGUAGACAAACCAUUCCAUUUCAUACUGGCUUUGGUGCUUUCGUACCACCACCAAUGCCACAUGGCGGUCAUGGCUCACAUUCAUAUUUUGGAAGGCCAACAAAUGGAGUUUUAAAUGGCUAUAGUUUCCAGCAAGCAUCUAAACAAGCACCCAAUGUAGUUCAAAGAUAUCUGGAUAGUAACUGCAAUGAAAGUCAUGGAAAUUAUGAAAUGGUACGUUACUUUAUAGAGGGUCUUGUAGAUGGAAAUUAAAUAUCAAGUGGAAAUUUAUAUACAUUGAUUAGAUCUACCUAAAAGGGAGUGUUCAUUAUAUAUGGUUUUGGAGGGCGCACAUUUCACACCUCCUCCCUCUCAAUAUCUGCAUGACCCCCCCCCCCUCUGGCAACAGCAAAACUCACCUGACCCCCAUUUUAUGUACAAUAUCAGUUAAACAUUUAAAUAUAAUAUCAUAUAAAGACUAAACAUUGAAAUAUAAUAUCAUAUAAAGACUAAAUAUAAAAACUAAAUAUUUAACUGAUGUAUAAUAUCAGUUAAAUAUUUAGUCUUUAUUUUAUGACGUUAGUAAUAGCUAGUGCAAAAGUUCCUGUAAACUUGUAGGCAUUUAAUAAUUCAAACUUUUCAUGUGCUAUAACAACAUAUUUUAAAGAGGUCAAAACAUUGCCAAAACUAAAACUUUCAUGACCCCCCUCAAUUACUCCUCAAACUCUGUUGACCCCCCAAACAAACACCAAACUUUGUCCCCCCCCCCAGCCUAGACCUAGGCCUUCUAUUUUUAUUUAUAUUUUUUUAAUAUUCAGCGCUUUUUCACAUGAAAAGACUGGGACUAGGUAAUUUGGGGGCGGGGCGGAGGAAGGACACAAGCCUGACGCAAGCGAAAAUGUAGAAGGCCUAGUGGAUUUCCCAACAACAAGGCCAAAACUGCCCUGAAACUGCCCUGAUUGCGAAAUGCCCAAUUGUUGCGUUCUCAAACAGAACUAUUUGCAACUUAACAGCGAAUUUAAACCGAUACAGGUAAAAUAAACUCAUUUAUAGUAUAAACUUACUAUUUUUAUUUGUAUACACGUCUAGAAAAUCGGGUUUUUUAUCACAAAGUUUGAAACAACACUAUUUAUAUAUGUUGACAAGGUGUAGCGAAACGGCACAAAAUAAUAAUUCUUUUAUUCGCAAGACAAUCUACUGUUUUGCUUUGAAUACUAUAUUUGCGAAUUGGGAAUGAGGAAUUUGAAAUUAGUGUUCAAAUAUUACAGAUAUACCAUUUGUAUAAACAAUGUACGUUUUUAUAUACAGUACUGUACGGGCUAAUAAUAUUUAUUAUAUAAACAUAAGUGUUAUAUAGAGUUUUUGGCCACUGAGAAAAAUCGUAUUUAAACACACGUAAAAAAUACGAUAUUUUUACGUGUGAAAAUAUCAUUUGUUGUAAAACGCAUUGCCACGGACGUUUUAUUGUUUUUCACUGAAUUUUGUUUAUAUAAUAAACAGAAAAAUACAUGGGUGCUUGGAAAUACCAGAUUUAUUUCUCGUGUUGAACAUGAUAUCUCACUCGUUCGCUGCGCUCACUCGUGAGAUAUCAUGUUCAACACUCGAAAUAAAUCUGGUAUUCCCGCGCACCCAUGUAUUAUUCUCUAUAUGUAUCCGUUUUAUAUUUUGUAUAUUUUACAAACACAAGACUGCUUCUUGCCAAAAUUGAGAAAAUAUAUAUUAAUGUACUUGUGUAUAAGACAAAAUUUCAUGAAAGAUUCUAGUUUUGGUAUAUAUUUUGACUCAUUUUGUUCUUUCGCUACACCUUGUCAACAUAUUAAAUAAUAGUGUUGCUUCGAACUUUAUGAUAAAAACCCGAUUUUCUAGACGUGUAUACAAAUAAAAAUAGUAAGUUUAUACUAUAAAUGAGUUUAUUUUACCUGUAUCGGUUUAAAUUCGCCGUUAAGUUGCAAAUAAUUCUGUUUGAGAACGCAAUAAUUGGGCAUUUCGCAACCAGGGCAGUUUCAGGGCAGUUUUUGCCUUGUUGUUGGGAAAUCAACUAGGCCUUCUAGGCUUGGUUCCUCCGCCCCGCCCCCAAAUCACCUAGUCCCAGUCUUUUGAUGUGAAAAACCGCUGAAUACUAAAAAAUAUAAAUAAGACUAGAAGGUCUAGGUCUAGGCUGCUUCCCUAUGAUUUUACACCCCCAAACCAUAAAUAAUGAACACUCCUUAAACUCCUUAACCAGGAAUUACAGCUAUGAAAAAUGCUACUAAAUAUAAUUUGCUAAUUAAUUACUUUGUCAAUACAGUUUCAUGUGCAAGUGAUGCUGUAUUAUGUGUCUUCACCCAGCACAUUUAUUACAGGUCAAACACACUAUCUCCUUGUCUGAGUCAUCAUUUCAAUGUGAACCCUGUAAAAAGUCAUUUCAAGAUGAAAACAUCCUUGGUGCUCAUUUAAAGACUCAUAUAAAGGUUAGCUAUAAAUGUUUUAAAUCCGUUUUAUAUUGAAUUGUUUACAAUAAGCUUGCUUUGCAGCUUGAAUUACAAACUGGGCUGUGCCUGGGGGGGGGUUAAUGCCCCCAAUGAACAGUCAUGAAGAGGGCCCAAUCCAAUUUUUCUGGACUAAUGAAAAUUCUUAAUUUCAGGAAGCAAACUGUGGUAAGGAUUUUUGUGGAGUUUUCUCCUUUGAUCUAGGGCCCCUAUAGCAGUGCUAUAUUUGAUAUAUACCCCAACUUUAAAGGAGGGCCAGUAUACAAAUAGGGUCCUGGUACCAUCUCAAACAAAAGCGACAAGGCAAGUGUCACUCUGUCCUCCAUUGAUGGAAGUUAUUUAAGCGCAUUUUUAUGGAUCGAGGUAGCCAAUCUCUGAUCAAACCAAAACUAGUAGUCUGGAGAUGAAAAUGGAUCCUGCAAUCAAACUCCAACUGGUGUAUCAUUCUGUACCAGGCAACUGCAAAAUGUAAUCUGUUUGUUCUAUAAACAUUUAAAAUCUAAAUGACACAGUGAUCGAGACAUGUUGGUGGACUACUCAAGAUAGAAAAAAGCAAGAACCUACUUAAUAAACAGUUAUAUCUCUUAUUUGCACUGGUGGCCCAGGUUAUGCACUUAAUAUUUCUUCAUUUCAAAUGUUGUCAGCUGCUGCUUACUUUAGCUUUUAAUAUAUUUUAGCUUUUUACACUGGCCUGUAGGCCAAGUGUCUUAAAUCCCUCUUUUUCUGUUUUCUUCGUUGUUGAGAAAUGGAGUUUGCGUUAGCUCAUCGCAGGCUCAGGGUGCAACAAUUAAGCCAAAAUGCCAUCGAUUCCCAUCGGUUCCAUGAUUUAGAUACUAUAGUAACAAGCUUGUAUUUAUGUACGUAAUAGCCAGCUCAUGCCAUGCUUGUGGUACAUUUUUUGUUUAUUAGCCCAUACCCUUGUACGCACGCGCAAAAUUCCGAACUCCAAGGAUAGAGUGCUCCAGUGACAUAUUCGGUUCAGUUUCAAAAUGGCAGUUUUUCACUGAGCGACUAAUAUAUAUUUCACACAGUUUCGUUGAAUUUUCAAAGAAUUGUGCUGGUUUCCCAUGGAAAAUAUGUUGUGUUGCACUCUGGACUCUCUUGCUUGUUGAAUUUAUGAAACUGGCUCGAAAACCCCAAAAUUUGGACCCAGAGAAUUUAUACAAUGUAGUGGAUUAAAGUGGAAUGUAAACAAGGACAAGUUUAAGGUUUGAUUUGCAUAAUUAUAGAUUUGCACCUAAUUACAUUAAUAUGUGCCAAAUUACUUUCCAUUUAAUCAUCAUAUAGUAUAUUACUAUAAAAAUGUAUUUUUUUAUUGUAUUCAGCGAGGUGGCGUUGCGUGCGCCCCGCCCGUGCGGCGAAGUCAGUGAAACGUGAUACGGUUCAAUUUGUUUUUGGAACAAGAUCCAACUUUCCCCCCGACUUUUUUAAUUCUCAAAUUGUUUAUUAGAUGUUUACUGGUUGGGGUUAGAGAAGGGCUUUGGGUUGGGAUCAGUUUAUCUUAUAAAUGGAAGCAAAUUAGCGUAUUUUUUAGCGUAUUAUCGUCAAUGUUUAUGAACUUUUUAGCACCUCAUGAAACUAGCCAUAUAAUGGCAUUAAAAAUCAAGGACUAUAUAAUUUCUUCGCUAUUAUUGGCCUAUCAUUAUUUACGUACGGUUGAUAGUUGAUGAUCAUAGUUACAGUGGGCCUGGCUGGCCCAUCAUUAUUUACGGUUGAUAGUUGAUGAUCAUAGUUACAGUGGGCCUGGCUUGUCAGGUUGAGUUGCCCGUAGCCGGAGGGUACGCCUGAGCCGGCGUCUUGGUAUAUUAUGGUUGAUAGUUGCUGAUCAUGAUUGUAUUUAUUGGUUGUAUUUAUAUGGUCCAGACCUACUGUAUCCCUAUCUACUUCUCUACUACACAUUACACCCUACCACGAAAGUUGCCAUUUUCAGGCCAGUGUGAACGCCUGAGCAGAAGUCUUGUUUUAUUGAAUUAUGAGUAUACAACAAUUGAUUUCAAGCACUAUUUUUCUUUGCCAGUUACCAUACCCAUUGAAUCAAGUGCCUCAUAGAGUGCCCACGCCCAUAAUAUUUUCUUAGAUGGCCAGUUUUGACAUCCUGGCUAUGUAUUUUAAGGUUACGAGGGAAGGUGAAAAAUCAUCAUUUUUGUAUUUUUAUAUGACGUAUGACCGAAAUCUUUUAUAUGGGGAAAACUAAAUAUUGAUAAAAUGAAAACUUUUCGAGAUAUGUACGUUUGAAACUUGAUUGAAAUUAUUUUUGCGCGAAAUACGGGCAUGGGUUGACAGCAAAAGACAUUGUAAGCCCUUGGUUUCCAAUAUCAGGGACUCAGGGUGGUCAUAACAGCAGCUACGUUUUGCGGAGUUUUGCCCGGUGAUUGUCGAAGUAUCAAGCAACCUACAGCGGUGCAUGCGGCCUUCAGUGCCUUAAGUAGGAUCUAAAACUACAAAACCCACCUUCGCUUCUGCGUGAUAAAUUUUAAGCAAAAAUGCUAGAUUCAAAAACGUUUGUUAAGCUUGGGUUUUGCCCAAUUUUCUUCAAAUUUUCACAGAAGAAGCAUGAGAAUCAGGGAUGCAAACAUGUGGUAGCUGCAAUAUGAUUUCAUUUUUCAUUUUUUACUUAUUGCCCUUCGAACACAAAACAACUUAUACGGACAACAAAACAAGUUAUAUAUCACGAAAAGAAAAAACAAAAUCUAUAGCUACCGCACACACCUUUGUAAAGGCAUCAUUUGACUUGCCAUGAAGUUUACUUUGGAGGGAUUUGAUUAAAACCAUAUAGGCAUAGCUUAACAAAACUUUUCGCGUGAAGUGAGUGCGUUUUUUCUUCGUCCGAAAAUGGUGAAAUACUAUGUUCAUUAACUGAUUCAACAUUUAUUGUGCUAUAACUGGUCAGAAGUUGAGCUAAAUUGGUUGAAAACACAGGCCGCAAUUUCAACUUUUGUCAAUGACACGCGCAACGUGUCUCCUAACCUUAAAUUAUGUUCAUAGACAGUGAGGUCAACCAUGUUAUUGACAGUUUACUCUUCAAUUUUAAGCGUAAUUUUGACUGCUAUAAGAACCACGUUCUUAGAAGAUGAAGAUCUGGCUUUAAAUUUGAGAUUUCGUGGUAUUCAAGAUGAAGAUGGUGUUGGAUGACUGUUUAAGGGCAGUUAUUGUGAAGGCUCUAAAGAAGGGAAUUACGCCAGAUGUACGGUAGAGUUGUUCUUCUCAUCAGGAGCUUUCCAAAUGUAGAGUUAGAAACACAGUUUUGACCUCUGGGAACUCCGCUUUGAAGUCAACAUUUCUCUUUAAUCACACAAAGUAUUGAUUGGGUGCAUGAGUCUAUGAACAUUAUCAUCCUUGUCUCCUCCAGCUAACAGAAUAUGCUGAACAGAUGAAUAGACAUGAAACAUACCAGCAUAUUGACUUUGCUUAGACGAUUCGUCUGAGGAUACCACUGAACGUGUCAGAUGUCUCAACAAUCCAUCUAUGGUGAACAAAAAGAGGUCAACUAACGUCUUCACCUACUUGAGCAGUCCUGUUAGAUUUGGUGAUGGUGGAGCAAGCAAUUACAUAGGAACUGCCCCCAACAACAGAAGAAGGCAUCUUUGCAUCAGUCUUCAGAGUGCUCAACCCACUCGUAUGGCACAGAAAGAGAGCAACUUUGCCAAUUUGUCUUUCAAACGAAGAGCUUUACGUAGAGUUGUUAAUUUGCAACGAAUGUUUUUAGAAACAAUGUAACAGCAGGCUGCAUUUCAAAAAUAGACGUCUGUCCUCAAAAUUUCCAGAUAAAAGCCAGAUAUAAAUUUUGAAAAUAUACAAAGAAAUAAAUGUCCUUCAGAUGCAUAUUAGGCGACGGAACACCGUCCGUAACCGCCUUUUAUUGAAAACACUUCUCAUGAAAAGUCGUUUUCGCGAUCUGUUUUUGCGAAUUUCAAUUUGUUGGUUUGGACGAUUGUUGGUAUUUCCACUCCGAUUAGCAAAUUUCAAUUAAGCAAGUGCAUUAAACGGAAAAUAGGCGGAAAUUGUACGGCGCGUGUUAUAUCAACAUAACGUUGGCUGGGGACAAGGAUGUAUCUGAUCUUUCUGGACAGUAUUUUAUUCUUUCAGCAACGGAUGUAAAAUGUCAGCUUCUUCGAAGUUUCACGCACGCAAAAUGAGAAUGUUUCUGAACAAGGCAAUUUAAUUUCAGAACUAGGGGCAAGCUCGUAUCCAGGGCCCGUCCAAGCAGAUCCUUCGGCAAGGACACAUUCAAUCUCGUUCCCCGAGCCUGCGAUCCUCGGGAAGGAACGUGAGGCUCUGGGAUAAUCCGUUUCAGGGAGAAAUCUGAUUGGCCGUUGAUAUGGAAUGUGUAGUUCGGUCUUAGCCAGGAUUCCUGGCUUCCAGCAACGGAUUAUCCCAGAGCCUCACGUUCCUUCCCGAGGAUCGCAGGCUCGGGGAACGAGAUUGGGACAUAUUAAUCAACUUUCAUCUAGAAAAUGUAAAGUUGGGCUAAUUCCCAUUACGUCUAAUUUCCUGAUACACCUGUAUGCGUUUUCUGAUAUAAUUUUGUGAUAAAUGUCGCUUAAUUUGAAUAAGUAAUACAUCGUUAUAAGAAGGGCACUGGCUUGCCCAGAAUGAAGGUAUAGCCGGCGAAAUAAUCCGGCUCUCAUGUUACCUGAUAUAUGUUAUCAUCUCUAUAUUUUAGUGUGAAUUUCCAAACUGUUCUUUCAUUGCUUCAAGACAAACGUUAAAGCUGCACGAGAUACAGGUACGAUAGAAAAUUAUCUGCAAUGACUUUGAAAGAAUGUUGAGAGAAAUCUGGAAGUGGUGUCAUACACAGUUACACAAGGCCGUAGCGACAGGGGGUGUAAUACACCCCUGAUUGUGUGUAACACGCACAAGAUGAUUUUUUAGGUAAUAUGCGAGGCAGGGUCCAAAUACCGAAGAGCCUGCCUUGCAGGCUAGUAAAUUAUAUGCUAAUGAAGCUAAUAAUUGCAACUUUUGGUAUUUCCAGGUUUCCUGAAAUUUCGGGCUGCGAGCAGGCUAAAGGUCUAGAUAUUCAACAUUUUCUCGGGGGAGCAUUCCCAAGAAUGUUUAAUAUGACGUUUAAUAAUAGGCUGAGGUCUAACUGAAACUGAUAUAAGCGAAAUGAAAGCCCGAUAAAACUGACAUAACGGAUCUUUUAAAACAGCAAAUACCACACAUUAUGUUACCAUUAAAAACAGAGAUCACUAUGUAAAGUAGUGAAUAAUGAUAUUAAUGUCAGUAUAGCUAUAUUCCGGCAUGCUGACAAUUAUACUAAUGUAAAUUGGAUCUCGUUUCUAAAAUCUAAAGCGCCAGCCAAUUUGUAUAGGAAUGUUUUUUUGAACGAAUGUGUAAGCAGGUGUUAACUUUCGUGCGUGUCAGACCAUGCAGUUUUCGAUUUUUUCUGGAUUUUUCGUCAUUUCGGUUUUAAAAUAUGAAAAAACUAUAAGCCACGAUCUUCAAAGGAAACCGUUUUUCGGUUAACUGAUAAACCACCUUAGCCUGAUUUUUAAUAAGAUGAAAACGAGGAUCGUGCUGUCAGAUCUUUUACAUGCAUUGCUUCCUUUCCCUUGUUACCCGCCUUCUUUGUAAAAAUUUUCUACAUAUACAUGUGUGAUUAAAAUAUAUCUUAUUCAAUUGAUUGCAUUUUAUUAACUGGAGUAUAAGCACAGUAGUUGGUUAGUAUAGAGAUCACUCUCACUCAGUAGAAAAUGGAGUGUGUUAAGGUAAUUCCGCAGUAAUUGUUCCCGAAAUGAGAAUGUGCUGAAACUACCCAGGCAUGGAGUUUAUGAUAUACUUAAAGUAAAAUCACACAAAAAAGUCUGGGUCACCGGACUCGUUAAGAAGAUAUGACAAUCACAAUAUACCACCUUUACCCCAACAUGGCGCCAUCUUGGCGCUCAUUACGAGUAACAGCAAAAUUACAACAACCCGAUAUUUAUUGACGUUUUUAGCGCGGAUUUUGCUUUAGUAAACCUAUCUUGUAAUUAUUUUUGAAAAAAUAUUGUGUUUUGAGCAAAAUGAAACUACUAACGUGUACAAUUCUAAUCCACAGAUGUCUUUUCCACAUUUCUUUACAUAUCUUUCUUUGAGAAUAUGCAUUGAUAAAGGAUUUUUUUCAAGAUCCAGAAAUGAUUUUUCAUUUAAUUUCGGAUAUGAAAUGUAAAAUGCAUUAAAGAAAUAAAUUAUCAGUUAAAAAACGGGGGUCACCGAUCUUUUUGGGGAAUUGUGGCAUUAAAACGUGAAAUACAAGUAAAUAUAUAUACUACAGCUACACUUUUGUAUGCCUUUUUUGAAAACAUUGAUUUUAACGUAAUUCUUUGCACGAAUGUAACCAAAGAUGUUUUGAAGUAACAUAAAAUUGUCAUAAAAUGAUUUUUUUUAAACGGUACGUAUAAUGGAUGAACUUAUAAGUUAUAAGAUAUGCGCAGUAAAAGUGCCGAAUGCAAUACUGCGGAAUUACCUUAAAUAUGGCACCUUUUUCUAAAAAGAUGUUCCAAGGUCGUUGUUGCAUCAUAGAUUAAAUGUAUAUGCGCUAUGCAAUGUGACUUCCAAUAGACCUUAGAAGUCCUUACGUCACGCAAUUUUUAAUGCAGAGAAUUACAGAGGACUUCUGGAAUGCACAGUGCAUUGUGGGAUACUUUUACGUCAAUAAUUCAUUGUUUGAAAAUUACAUGACGUCAGCACUUCUAUGGUCCAUUGUUGCGAUAUACUCUCAGAUUUUCACGUAAAGGUGCACUUUUUGAUCGUGGAGUCUCGAAACAUUUUUGUUAAAGGGUGAGUUAUGCAAAGUAUAAUCACGUUGUACUUUGUGUAAUGAUUAUUGGAAUUUGGCGAUUGUAGCAAGCAGGGCGCUGGUUGCAAUACCAUGUGUAAGAGCGCCUUAAAUAUAUUUGAAAUAAGACCUGUACUAAAAUAAAAUAUUAUUUAUUUUAUGAUGUAGUGUCAUAGGGAAGGAAAUAUGAAAAUUGUCUUAGACACACCAGAACAAAUAGCAAAAUGGAGGGAGGAAAGAAAAAGGUAUUAGUUAUUUUUUAAAUUAGGCCCAGGGCCGUACGCAGGAUUUUUUCACCAGGACCUUUAUGUAAGGCCUAUAUAUGCCGAAAAUCGUAAAUAUAGGGCGCUUUCCAUUUAAUGGCCUGACCGGUCGGACCCGAAUUUUUCUCUCUGUAUCAAUGGAAAGAUCUGGUCUGUGUUUCUCAAAUAUCUAGCGAAAGUGGGCCUCAUUCUAAUUUUAUCUAAAUUUUCCAGUCAGAUAGGUCCGAAGCCCAAACGUUUUGUUGUGCCAUUCAACAAUUUAACCGUUCUGAGCGGUCUGGCCGUGUUAAUGGAAGGCGCCCAUAGUUUUCUCUAGGGGGCAGUUGUCCCCUCACCCCUGCCCCCCGCUGUGUACGGCCCUGAUUAGGCCGGUAACGUCAAUACAGUUAGAUUCCAAAUUGUUGUAGGUUAACUUCUGUCUGGAUGUGACUGUAAUGUAAUUAGCUGUGUAAUCGGUAUAUUUGUAAUUCUUCGAAUGUAAUAUAUGAACAACAAUAAAUAAUCUACAGACUAAUCAAAAAUUGUAAUUAGUAUAAUUACAUAGGUGAUUACUGAAAAUUCUCCACGAUGAUUGGUUGUCGUUGAUGUGAUUAUAACGCGAUAAUCACCUAUAAAGCGAUUUUCGAAAUAGCGGCCGAAGCCGUUUUGUCAAUUAAAUGACGAAGAAAUGUGUGUUUUUUAUUUUUUCCCAAACUUGUAAUGACCUAUGGCAUGAAAUUAUACUACAACCUCGACUUCGUCUCGGUUUUUAUUCACCGAUAAUCACCUCGCCUUCGGGGAAUAAUUGUUAAAUAGACACCAACACAAUACAUCAGUAGCUUGAAGAUGAUAAAUUGUUGGCAAAAUUACCUGAUUAUCGUUGACUGCAAAAAACUGGAUAUGAUUUCAAAGUUGACCUGAUUUUUUUAUUCAUAUUAUGUAGGAAUUAUCCGACAGUUACAAAUAUGGCAAAAAAAGAAGCCGAGCAACAACGAAGAAUAGAAAGUGGUCAAAUAUUAACAACAAAAGAAUUUAGGUACUGAUAAACUAUCGGUCAUCAGAAUGUCUGAACAAAGUAUGCAUGACUGCUAAUUUUUUGUCGUUUGGUCACGCGUCAGACUAAUUUCCACGUAUAAUAAAUUAAUGUAAAAGUUGCAAACAGUUUACUUAAAACCUAAACUUUCAAUUAAUACCCUUUAUUGGACGCCACUGGACCAGCUUUCGUAGGAAUGGUUGUAUAUAUAGUAUUAAAAUCUAUUUUUCAAUUCUAAAGUUUACACAAUGUAUAAUACAAUACACAAUGUGCAAGGAAACGGCGAAUAUACUUUGUUAUCUGCCGCCACCCAUGCAUCUUUACUCUAUUUUGACUAUUGAUUGCUUCACAUCAGGUACAACAGGAAACAAGGUUGGAAACAACAGAGAGGGAAAAGAGAUUAUAAAAGAGGAAGAAAUACUCAACGAAGAAACACUGUUCCAUUGACACAGUCAGAAAAUGUCAAGCUUCCAACCACUGAUCUGUUGCAUGAGACACAAAGUGAGAAAUGCACCUUGCAGAAUGGAAAUUUGUUAGACGUAAACAGUAAGUUUAUGAUUGCGAUUACUAUCCAAUAUGAUUAUUUUGUGUAUGUUGGUGUUAUGUAUUAGGUGAAUAUGAUGUUUGUGAUGUUACUCUGAGUGUGCAUCCACACCGGGCAAGCUGAAAAGUUAGCUUGGCCACGGUGGGAAUCGAACCCGCGACCUUUGGGAUACUACAAUGUUUGCCAGAAACCAUGGGACAGCUGCUGUAAUUUCAUAUAAUUUUAAAGGAAUAGCGCUCCCGUUCCCCCAGUUCAAUGUUGGGCCAACAAAAAUCUGAUGUCUGGACGCGCGGCGCCAACAUUGAAACAGGUGGGGGGAGGGAGGGGGGAAAAUAUGUAUCAGGAAAUGGUAUAUUACAACCGAAUACGUGUGAAAACUAGAUUGUCCCAAUUUAUAUUGUCAAAGAUUGUAGUUCAAUGCUCUGCCAACUGACCGACUUGACCGCGUAGCUCAGUUGGCAGAGCAUUGAACUAGUAUUCCAAAUGUCGCGGGUUCGAUUCUCACCGUGGCCAAGCUAACUUUUCAGCUUGCCCGGUGUGGCUGCACACUCAGAGUAACAUCACAAACACUAUCCAUGCAAUAUGAUUUAUCUUAAAGAAUGGAAGUUGUCUAUGUGUACUUUCUAGGGAUGGCCGGCUAUAUGUAGCUCUUUUUAAGAUUGCACGUAAUUUUUAAUUGUUGGCAUGAUAUGAAGAAUUACGGAGGCUCUGCUUUUGAUUACUUUUCUCAGCUUCCGUGUAGAUAACCUAUGACAAUAGGCACCCCACGAAUAAAAAAUACAUUGUAUGUAGUUGAUUAAGGUGUCUGUAUAUAUUCUAGGCAAGGGCACGGAGCGUGAAGAAACUGCAGAAACAUUAUUAAAUCUUGGGUCACUUGCCGCAGACUACGCGACAAGCUCGAGUGAUGAAGAUGAUGGUAAAAUUAUGGAACAGAAAGGUUCGGCAAUACAGUAUAGUGAGUACACGUUUGAUUUUUUGUAAUGCACCUAUUAAAUUACGAAUUUAAAGUGCCUAUGACAUGAAAUUUCACCCCAAAGGUUUAUUAUUGCAUUGUAAAGAUCAAUUAAAAUGACUUAAUAAUUUCUUUUAUAGAAUUUUUGUAACUUGCUCACUUUUCAAGAUAUUCAACUUUGUUUCAUAUGCAAAUACCACCGGUGUGACAUCACAUCACAUAAUGAGUUUUCACAAAAGUAUAGUUUUCUUGACGAAUACGUAUCUAAAAAAACUUAAAAAUUGCCCUUAAGUUGUAUAUGUAUUAAUUUCAUAACUGGUAAUUAACCCUCUGUAUUUGUUGUAAAAAUAUUUUAUCAAGGUAAAUAUUGCGUUUUCAAAAUGUCAUUAUGCAAUGUGAUGUCACACCGGUGAUAUUUGCAUAUGAAACAAAGUUGAAUAUCUUGCAAAGGGGGCAAGAUACCAAAAUUCUAUAAAAGAAAUUACUAAGUCAUUUUAAGUGAUCUUUACAAUGCAACCAUAAACCUUUGGGGUGAAAUUUCGUGUCAUAGGCACUUUAACGUACGAAUAUACUGAUGCACGUUUAAAUUGACCUCGAAAAUAACCAUAUACUGCACUAACAAGGUAGUAGGGUUUUGGAUGGGAGUGAAGGACUGGAAACCAAAACUGGAUAAUAUAGCCAGGGCCCGGUUGUUCAAAGGUGGACUAGCACUAACCCUGGGUUAAAUUUUAACCUGUUUUUGUUUCUGUAUUUCUGCAAGUCAAAAAAACUUCUAUUGAUUCAAACAAGCUUUCUAGAAAAACCUUUCCAUGUUUAAAAACAAGCUGUUGGGAAGAAUGCUUUGAAGAACUUGUUUAACAAGAAUUAAGCUAACCCACUUUUGAACAACUGGCCCCUGAGGUAUGAUGCUAGAGAGGAGUAACCUGCCAAGACUCGUUAUCAUUCAUUCAUCUUUAUAUGUAAAUACAAGACGAACUAUCCAAACGAACAGCUUCAAUAGCGUGUUUUAAACUACAAUUGCAUGGACACAACCUUCGAGACUCUUCAUCGCAUUAUUGCGAAGUGUUCAAAAGUGUACAUGGACAAAACAAAUUUCGUGACCCCCUCUUCCCCGGUUCAAUAUUAGGGAACUUAACAUCAUGACAUAAGCUCAAAAUUGAAUUGAAGGACUGGGGAUUUCGACAUGGAAUUUAUUAUAAGGUGUAACCAAUUUUUCGUAUGUAUUGGGCAAGGCAGUCUCAACCAGUUAUGUCCAUGAUUGUAGCAUUGAUAACAAUAGAGUAUACAUGAAAUAUGCCUGCAUGGUAUAAUUCGUCUUGAUAGGUGGUUGAUGUACAUUAUUUUACAGGUAAAAUCCUAAACAAACUUUUUUAAGGUAAUUCCGCAGUUUUGCGUUGCGCACUUUUACUGCGCACAUCUUAUAACUUAUAAUUUCAUCCAUUAUAAGUACCGUUUAAGAAAAAAUCAUUUUAUGACAAUUUUAUGUUACUUGGUUACAUUCGUGCAAAGAAUUACGUUAAAAUCAAUGUUUUCAAAAAAGGCAUACAAAAGUGUAGCUAGGGUUCCUGUGUCUGUAGUAUAUUUAUUUACUUGUAUUUCAAGUUUUAAUGCCACAGUUCCCUAAAAAGAUCGGUGACCCCCGUUUUUUAACUGAUAAUGUAUUUCUUUAAUGCAUUUUACAUUUCAUAUCCGAAAUUAAAAGAAAAAUCAUUUCUGGAUCUUGAAAAAAAAUCCUUUAUCAAUGCAUGUUCUCAAAGAAAGAUAUGUAAAGAAAUGUGGAAAAGACAUUUGUGGAUCAGAAUUGUACACGUUAGUAGUAUCAUUUUGCUCAAAACACAAUACUUUUUCAAAAAGAAUUACAACAUAGGUUUACUAAAGCAAAAUCCGCGCUAUAAACGUCAAUAAAUAUCGGGCUGUUGUGAUUUUGCUGUUACUCGUAAUGAGUGUCAAGAUGGCGCCAUAUUGGGGUAAAGGUGGUAUAUUGCGAUUGUCAUAUCUUCUUAAUGAGUUCGGUGACCCCGACUUUUUUGUGUGAUUUUACUUUAAGUAUAUCAUAAACUCCAUGCCUGGGAAGUUUCAGCACAUUCUCAUUUCGGGAACAAUUACUGCGGAAUUACCUUAAGCUUGUUUGCCGACGGAGAAACUAACAAAAAUUACAAAUUCGGAAGGAUAACCAAUGUAGUGAUAUAUUAUUCUCGUUAGUUUUGAGCGCGUGUUACGUAACAUGCAAAAAGUCUCGUCACUUGCUGAAUAUAAUAUUAACCAUUUCAGACGAUACUGAAAAUCCUUCGCAGUCGGAGCAUUAUUCAAAACCAGAAAAUAAGAGGCAGAAGUUAACAGAAAACAUUGACAAGCAUGCGAAAAGGAAAAGCACGUCAAGGAAGAAACGUACACAGGCACAGGUACACAAUAGCUGUAUAUAAUUAUAUUAAAGAAGGUGAAUCUUUAAGCAAUCAUUUUCAUUAUAUAUUUGAAUAUUUCUUCAUUCUGUAGAAUAUUAUUGGCCCAAACCGUCUGAGACCAACCCUUUUGGAAAUGGUAUGAAACACAUAUUUUUUUAAUUCUAUACACCUUUUCCCUUUAAUCUUUCUCUGGUUAUAGAUUAUAUUAUACUUUACAGUACAUAUCCUAUGGCUAUGCAUAUCCUUUUUUCAUGACGGACUCAACUAAUGUGUGGCUAUAAUAGUUCUCACAUAAGUUCAAUAUUUUUUUCACCUCUGUCUCUGAUUUUUUCAUCAGAACGCUGAGCAUUCCGUACCCUGGCUUUUGUCUUCAGUUGAGUUAAUCCAAAUCUUCUCAUGUCGCAAAGGAAAUAUUUUUUGGCACGAAUCAGCCACGGGUUGGCGGGCUAGUUUAUGCUUCAUAUAUAUAUAUAUAUAUAUAUAUAUAUAUAUAUAUAGUUUUUCGUUUUACCUCAAAAAACCACAACAGUCUGUUUCAUCCGUAUAUAUAUAUAUAUAUAGUUUCAUCCGUAUAUAUAUUAUAUAUAUAUAUAUAUAUAUAUAAACAACCUCUAUACAGGGUUCGUACAAAACUUGAAAAUCCUUGAAUUUGGAAACAAAAAUUCAUAGUCCUUGAGUUUAUAAAGAAGUGCUUGAAAGUGGAUAUUAGUGGAUAUUUUCUGAAAUUGUUUAGCAUUAAGAAUUGGACAUUUUGUAAAAAUUGAUUUUGUCAGUUUAACGUCACUUUUUAUUGAUUUCUAACGCCUUCUUUUCAGCCCUUUAGUCCUUGAAUUUCCUGGUACAUGACCUUGAAAAGUCCUUGAAUUUAAGUCUUCCUGACCUGUACGAACCCUGUCUAUGAGUCAUAUUGGAUGUUUAAUUCGUCUUCAAGUUCUAACAUUGUUUGUGUGUGUUUGAAUUUUCAGCUGUUAGCUUCAGAUAUUCGUCAUGAAAGAAAUGCGAUGUUGCAGUGCAUUCGUUUUAUUGUGAAGAAAAACUUCUUUGGGAUAGAAUAGAAAGAAAACACAUAAGCAAUGUUGACGGUGCUACAUUAACUGGCUUAAAUAUUAAUAUGUAAAUAAAUAUAAUUUAACAUGAUCAGGUUGCAUUAAUUGAACUCGAUAUUUUUAUUUGGUGUAGUUACACAAGGCCAGACAUUUUCGUCCCCUCCCCCCAUCAGGGCGAGGGGUUAGGUGCCUCCGGUUAGGAGGGAUUAGAGUGGGAGUGGGGUGAUAGCCAGGUUAUCAAUGUGUAUGUAUGAUGUACAUCAUACAUAAAGUCGGUUUUCCACUAGCGAUUUUUUUCGCGCGAAUCGACUUUAUUCUUUUGUCUAAAACGAAUUAGUUGCAAAUGGUUCCAGCCGAAAGCUCAAUUCGCUAGUGGAAAACCGGCUUAAAAGUGCACCUGAAUGAUGAUAUACAUCAUAGAUUCAAGGAUGACCGUAUGACGAUAUACUGAGACUCAAAUUUCAACUAUGUUAUUGCGAAAAUUGGUCGUGAAACUAUCCAAACGUGUUUACGCCAUGGAUCUGACUUGAGACUUGCCUAGGAUGUGAGUUUCAGACCAUCACUGAUGCUUGGCCUAAAUUAUGGUUCCAGGUCGGUCCUAUAUAGGCCAGUCAUCCUAGCACGUUUACUACACAUGACUAACUGUAGGUCGGUCCUAGUUCAGGUAUAGGUAUCUAAUCUAAAACGGAGGUAUAUAGUUGAAGUAUCUUUACUUUUAGAGCAGAGCCUGAUUUCCCCUCGCGUAGAAAAUAAGGCUCUGCCGUUUUUGUUCCGUCCAAAAAUUCUGGACGAAGUAAACCGGACAAACCGGUAAUAAACCAGUUCUAACCGGUUUUGAAUGCGCGCGCCUUCGUUUCGCAUGUAAACCAAUGACUACAAUUUGAGCCCGCUAUAUAUUUACAAAAUUUAAAACUUUAUACUUUAUAACCGAAAUUUGGCUGACAAUAUAAACUUAAAUAUACCGAAAAGUAACGUAGGAUAAAAUAAACUAGC